AUGGCAGUUGUCCGAUCUAGAUCGAGUGAUGACGAUCCAUCUCAAGCCGGUCCGCAGUUCUCCCAGCUACGUGAUCAGGGGCUAUUGCCGCCGCCCAUCCCGCAACAUGAUCACGGACCACUGCCGCCGCUCGUCACUUCUGAACUCCCGUUGGAGGAUUGUCAUCAAUCUCAGACUGAUGCCGCCAUUGCCGCAAGUGCCGCCAUUGCCGCCACUGCUGCAGGUGUCCCCAGUGGCGUCAGUGGUGCUGUUCUUUCGCCCGCGCAUCGUUAUCUGGGGGAACACUGCCGCGGAGCCAACCUUCCGCAAUCGCCCCUAAGCGGAAAGUUUCGGCGGAGACAGGCGGGAAGCCCCUUACCUCGACAUAGGCUCGAGAUUUUUCCCCGCGCGGAUUCUCUGCCUGCCGCGGGGAGUCCCCUGAGCCGCGCAGUUCACGCGCAUAGCCCCUUGGCGCGCACGAGGAUUUCGUCCCCCCGCGCGCAAAGCCCGCGCAUCUUCCCCAGGAGUCCCCGCGCCACUGUCCCCUUCAAGGCAGCGCACCACCAUCACGCGCGGAAGGCGCGUCCCGCGCAUGCCCUCCUCGUCCCCGACAACCCGCUCCUGGCGGAAAUCUUCUCCCCGCGUUCGGCCGCCGCGGGGCCAUGGGGGGCGCGCGCGCUCGCGGAGUCUUCGCGCGCAAGCGUCACCCCGAGGGACACCGCGCGGCCCCUUCCGGCGGAUUUCUCCGCUGCGCGCAUUCCGGGGGAAGCUCCGCCGUCGCUGGCGUGCGAUAUUCCGCCACGUUCUGGGAACUCCCCGCGGAUCAACGAGUGCGGGCGGGGGACAAUCCCCCGCCGAGAAGCGUCAGGGUUUUCGCGCGUCUGUCGAUGCUGA